AUGGUCGACACAUCUUCGUCUGCCCCGGCCUCAGCCUCGCCACCCAUCACCACUUCUUCCACCGAGACAACGCCAGUGGUGAUCCUUGUGGUGGGCAUGGCCGGCACUGGCAAAACAACGCUGGUGCAUCGCAUGCAGCACUACGCCCACGCGAACGGCAUCCGCUCGUACUUCAUCAACCUCGACCCCGCCGUGACCCACACCCCGUACAACGUGAACAUCGACAUCCGUGACAGCGUGAAGUAUGGGGAGGUCAUGAAGAACUACCGGCUGGGCCCGAACGGCGCUAUCAUGACGUCGCUGAACCUCUUCGCCACAAAGAUUCACCAGGUCGUGUCGCUGCUGGAGAAGAAGAAGGCGACACUGGACUGGAUCAUUGUGGACACACCUGGCCAGAUCGAGGUGUUCACGUGGUCCGCCUCAGGGCAUCUCAUCGCAGAUUCGUUUGGUGCUGUGCUCCCUACGGUGCUCCUCUUCGUCGCCGACACGGUGCGUUGUGUGAGCAGCCCGCAAACUUUCGUGUCGACCAUGUUGUACUCGAGCGGCAUCAUGCUCAAGCAGCAGGUGCCCCUCGUCGUGGUGUUCAACAAGACCGACGUGGUGUCUGCAGACUCGGUGAUUGCGUGGAUGCGGGACAACGACGCACUUGACGAGGCUGUGACUAACCCCCGCCGCAGCAAUCAGAGCAGACGCGCCGUCUCCGGAGAGCCCGGCGAUGACGAGAAUGCCGACUGGCGGGGCGAGGGCACGCGCAUCGGGGCGGCCGCGCUCGGCUCCCAGGAGGUGCUGCCCGCCAACCAAGAGAACAGCUACGCGGGGACGCUGGCGCAGUCUAUGUCUCUGUUCCUGCAUGAGUUCUACGAAGACCUACCAUACGCAGCAGUGUCGGCGGCGUCGGGUGCGGGCAUGAGCGAGCUCGCAGCCUCCAUUGAGCGGGGCAAGCAACAGGCACUCGAGGCCAAGGCAGCGCGUACUGCGCCAUGA